GCCGAGGUUUGCCGAAUGGGGCUAAGUUCACAGUUCAGUCACUUUCCAAGAUGGCAGCGCCCUUACGGUUUGACGGGAAAGUGGUCCUGGUGACAGGUGCCGGGAAUGGUCUGGGGAGGCAGUAUGCCUUGGACUUCGCAGAACGUGGAGCUUCAGUUGUUGUGAACGACCUUGGCGGAAACUUUAAGGGCGAAGGGGCAGGAACCAGAGCUGCUGAUGUUGUGGUCAACGAAAUCAAGGCUAAGGGUGGAAAGGCUGUGGCUAACUAUAAUUCUGUAGAAGAAGGAGAAAAAGUAGUGCAAACUGCUUUAGAGAACUUUGGAAGGAUAGAUGUCGUCAUCAAUAAUGCUGGUAUCCUGCGGGACAGGUCCUUCGCGAGGAUCAGCGACACAGAUUGGGACCUCAUCCACAGAGUUCACUUGAGAGGUGCUUUCCAAGUCACCCGGGCUGCAUGGCCACAUAUGAAGAAACAGAACUAUGGCAGAAUAAUUAACGUAACAUCAGCCUCAGGCAUCUAUGGAAGCUUCGGACAAGCCAACUACAGUGCUGCUAAACUGGGAGUACUUGGUCUAAGCAACACCCUGACCAUUGAGGGAAAGAAGAACAACAUCAAGUGUAAUACCAUCGCACCCAUAGCAGGCUCUCGUAUGACGGAAACAGUUAUGCCUCCAGAUAUGGUGGCUGCCCUGAAACCGGAGUUUGUGUCACCCCUGGUUUUGUACCUGACACACGAAGACUGUGAGGAGACCGGUUCACUGUUUGAGGUCGGAGCUGGAUGGAUAGGAAAAUUACGAUGGGAAAGAACAAAAGGUGUGGUUUGCCGAUCAAAGAACUCCGCCAUGACACCAGAGGCUGUUCGAGAUAACUGGGACACUAUCACAGACUUCACCGAAUCCUUCACGCCCCGCACAAAUCAAGAGUCUACUGGAUCAAUGUUUGAAGUCUUGAAAAAAAUAGACGAGAGCCCAGCAAAGUCGUCACGGGCCAGCUCCAGAGCAGCGUCCUCUGGUAGUGGACCAGAUGUUGAGGCAGCUAAACAAUACAAACCCAAGCCAAUCAAGUUCACCUACUCGGCGCGGGACGUGAUGUUGUAUGCUCUUGGAGUUGGUUCCUCCACCAGAGCAGCAGACUACCUGAAUUUCUUGUAUGAGGGGGCCGAGGACUUUGGAGUUAUUCCCAGCUUUGCUGUUAUCCCAGCACAGAUGGGAAUGGAGAAUGUUAUAACUCAGGGCAUUCCUGGCAUGGACAUCAACCCAGCCAAGAUCCUACACGGUGAGCAGUAUGUGGAGCUGUACAAGCCUCUGCCUACAAGUGGAACCCUGACCUCACAGGUCAGCAUCGCCGACAUCCUUGACAAAGGAUCUGGAGCCGUCAUCCUCAUCAACAUUGAGACCUUUGACGAGAAGAAAGAAAAAGUCUGUUUCAAUCAGUUUAACAUAUUUGCUGUUGGAUACGGAAAGUUUGGUGGAAGCAGAAAUUCAGAGGCAGCUAAAGCUCCGGGAAAAGCACCAUCGCGGAAACCAGACUCAUUUCUGGUGGAGACUACCAGCGUGGAUCAGGCAGCCCUUUAUCGUCUGUCUGGAGACAGGAACCCCCUACAUAUCGACCCCAGCUUCGCUGCAAUGGGAGGUUUUAACAAACCAAUUCUGCAUGGUCUGUGUAGUUUUGGUUAUGCUACUCGCCAUGUACUGAAACAGUAUGGAAACAAUGAUGUCACCAAGGUCAAGGCUAUCAAGGCAAGAUUUGCCAAACCAGUGCUUCCAGGCCAGACCAUUCACACAGACAUGUGGCAGGAGGGCAACAGGGUCAUGUUCCAGUGUAAGGUUGCAGAGUCAGGAGAUGUAUGUCUCUCAGGAGGAUAUAUAGAUUUCCAUGCAGCACCUGCAGCUUCUGCCUCGACAGCUGCCCCCCAGGCUGCGUCAGACUUGAAGAGCGACCUCAUUUUUGAGGAGAUUGGUCGCCGUGCCAAGGAUGAUCCCGGCAUGGUGAAGAAGGUCAACAGUAUAUUUCAGUUCAACAUUACCAAGGGAGGAAAAACAGCUGCCGUUUGGACCACAGACAUGAAGACCCCCGGUGGCGCCAUCUACAAGGGGCAGCCGAAACAAGGGAAAGCUGACUGCACCCUCACGAUCUCUGAUGAUAACUUCGGUGACAUGGUCACUGGCAAGCUCAACGGACAGGAUGCAUUCAUGAAAGGACUGCUGAAAAUACAAGGCAACCUGAUGCUUGCUCAGAAACUGGGAGAGUUGUUCCAAACCAAGUCCAACCUCUAAAAAACAUUCAAAUCUAAAAUUCAAAUCAUCAGAAAUCGCAAGUGUAUAUAUGAGAAAUAUAUAUGUUCAAUCAGAACAAAAUGAGGAACAUUCAGCACCGGUGCUAUUGUUGUUGAACAAAGGAACUUUUAGGAAAAUUUUGACAGUCUGUGUGCUAAUUUGACAGUCUGUGUGCUAAUUUGAGUGAACAAAGAUGAACUGUGUACCUUCAAAAUAUUUUGAGAAUUAAUGAGAACUGGAGACUUGUGAAAAUUCAGACCACAUCAAAAUCUUUUAUUUGAGCCGGAGAUGAUAAUUCUAAUCAGUGUACGGAACUUGAAUCUAGAAAUUAAAUGAAAUGGUAGCAUACAAUUCCGCAACGGAUACGUCAUUCCAUUAACCCUUUUCACCCCAAAUACAUUUCCUCUUUUUUUUGUCCUUAAAUAGAAAUAGGAAGAAAUUGGUUAUGGUAUAUUUUAACAGUCGAUGGCAAAAUGUGAUUUGCAGAACAGGAUUCGAUCCUCUGGCACACUGUGAAAAGUUGUAAGAUCACAAGUCACUGGCGCGGAUGAAGUAAACUUGGCCUGCUGCAAAUCAGAGCUUGCCACUUAUAACUGCAACAUGAUGGAAAACAAAUUAAAGGUGUAACUGGGGUGAAAAGAGUACACAAAUUUAAUUCUAGAUAUAUGAUAUACAGCAUUCUGCAUUCCUUUGGUCGAGAUUAUAGUGAAAAUGAAUUAAUCUUAUAUUUAACAUAGUGCUGUUUUAUUGGACAUUAAUCAGACCGUUAUUAAAUAUUUAUAAUGAAGUGUUUGAAUGUGUGAUUACAGCGGUAUAAUUUAUCUGUGAUAUUUCUGUUCCUUCCUGCAGAAUUAAAGAGAAAGUAGGAUUUGUCUGUUUUGUAUAUAUGUAAGAAAGGAGAAAAAGCUUGACAUAGUGCUAAGAGGAGAUAUAAAAAGUGGAUAUGAAAUAAGAAAUCAUUGUAUAAUGUUUGAAAGAAACAAAUGCCAUUUAAUGUUUAAAAAUAAAAAUUAAAUUAUAAGUAAUUCA